GGCAGCGAACGAAGCAUCCGCCGCCCGUUGUCCUCACCGCCGCCGCAUCCAUGGAGAAGAUCUCCGUCGCCGUCCGCUUCCGCCCUCCCAACCCGGCCGCCGCAGACCCCUCCCCGGGCGGCGCCGGCGGAGGCGGCGACCGCGAGUGGCGCAUCGACGACACCCGCGUCACCCUCGUCCACCGCGCCGCCGGCCCCGCUCCCGGCGCACCUUUCGUCUUCGACCACGUAUUCGACAGGACAGCCACCAACGAGCGGGUCUACGGCACGGUCGUCCGGGAUCUCAUCGGUGCCGUCGUCGACGGCUUCAACGCCACCGCCUUCGCCUACGGGCAGACCAGCAGCGGCAAGACGUUCACCAUGAACGGCUCCGACGCCGACCCCGGCAUCAUCCCGCGCGCCGUCCGCGACGUCUUCGACACCGUGCGUCAGACGGACGACCGCGAGUUCCUCGUCAGGGUGUCCUACAUGGAGAUCUACAACGAGGAGAUCAACGACCUCCUGACGCUUGAGGGCCGGAGGCUGCCGAUUAAAGAGAACCUGGAGCGUGGAGUGUAUGUAGCUGGUUUGCGGGAGGAGAUCGUAAACAGCGCAGAACAAGUGUUUGAGCUCCUCCAGCUUGGAGAAGUGAACAGGCAUUUUGGGGAGACAAACAUGAACGCCCGGAGUAGUCGUUCACAUACUAUUUUCAGAAUGGUCAUUGAAAGCAGUGCUAAGAACCAGAUAGACUCUGAAGAUCCUAUCCGCGUCUCUGUUUUGAAUUUGGUGGACUUAGCUGGGUCAGAAAGAAACAACAAGACAGGAACUGAAGGGGUGCGUUUGAAUGAGGCGGGCCAUAUUAACAAGAGCUUGUUGAUGCUUGGGAAUGUCAUCAAUAAGUUAAGUGAGAGUGGAAAGCAAAGAGGGCACAUUCCCUAUCGUGAUAGUAAGUUGACUCGCAUUCUCCAACCUGCACUUGGAGGCAAUGCAAAAACUUCUAUCAUCUGCACUGCUGCACCAGAAGAGAUGCACAUUGAGGAAACUAGAGGAACUCUUAAAUUUGCAAGCAGAGCAAAAUGUGUCAGCAAUUGUGCCCAAGUAAAUGAGAUUCUAACAGAUGCUGCUCUGCUGAAGAGGCAAAAACGAGAAAUAGAAGAACUUCGUAAAAAGCUGCAGGGUUCUCAUUCUGAAGGGUUGGAGCAGGUUGUACUAAAACUACGCAAUGAUAUGCACAAGUCUGAGCUUGAGCGAGAUCGUUUGGCAAUGGAACUUGAAGAGGAAAGGAAGUUACGGAUGACCCUAGAGCACCAUUUGACUGAGCAACAGAAGAGGAUAGAGGGCCUCGACAAUACCAGCAUAUCAGCAGACCAGUUUACUGAUUCGACCCAGCUGGAUGCACUGAAAACUCCAGAUUCCAAGUAUAUACCAGAUGGAUUUGUUGCACAUCGCUCACGCUAUUCAAACGAUGUUGAGUUCAGCCCAUUGCCUGAAAAUUUGGACAAUAUUGCCAAUGAUGAUCUAUGGACAUGCCUGAACAAAGGUUGUGUUACUGAUCUUGACAUGCUGGAGAUGACACCUGGUCUGAAACGCGAGGCAUCCUUGCUACAAGAUGCAACAUCAGCUGCGCCAUUGGAGGAGCCUACUGACGCAAGGUGCCAAAGGUUAGAAAAGGACUGUGUCUCUGACCGGCAACAGCUGGAGGAAUCAAAUGUGAGAUGUGCAGCCCUCGAGAAGGAGCGCGACCUGCUGAGGGACAAGAACUCGUCCCUGCAGCAGGAGCUCUCUGACUCCAAGCGGGAGGCCAACCUUCUCAUCGCCGAGAAGCAGACGCAGCUGGAUGACUCGAUAGCCAGGUGCGUGGCGCUUGAGAGGGAGCUCUCCGUGUCUAGGCAGGACGCGGAGCGCCUCGCCGCCGAGAAGCAGGAGUUGGCCGGGGAGCUGGGCGUGGAGAGGCAGAAGAUGGAGGAGCUGAAGCAGGACAUCCGGGUGAUCAGCCGGGCCUUCUCGCAGCGGGAAGGGCAGCUCACGUCGCUGUACACCAAGUCCAAGGCCAUCCUGGAGAACUGCAAGGCCUCGCACGUCGCUACCCUGCCUUGACGGGCUGAGCGAGACGCGUGCACGCUGCUGGGGUAAGAAAUGUCUCUGCACCCGUGCGUUGGCGAUAGGUUUGUUGGAUUUGUGUUGUGUGAAAAGUUCGGUGGAAUACUGGUAAAAAGUGUGUGCAAGCGGUAUGUAAGUUGCGUGUAAACUUGAAAGGGAACAUCAGCUGCGUCUGCCACUAGCGUUCUGUUAGCGUCAAAUGUAUUUGACCUGCGAAUGUUGCUGUGUUAAACCAGUCAGAUUGCCAUUAGUGUACAUUGUACAAACAUUCACAAAAGUCCCUAUGUUCAAAAUGCAAUGUUUGGAAAGAGAAAA